AUGAUCGCCAGCAAGCCUCGAUGCACGCACUUUUGCCCCUGCCCUUGCCCCUUACUCCCAGAGUACUCGCGGCGACCUCGACGGGGGGAUGAGUGGUCUCCAGAAUGGGGCCUAUGCCCUGUCAACGACGAAGACCCAAACAAGGCCCUAGCUGAGAAAAGAAAGAGGCGGCGUUGGAUAUACAUGCUGAGCCGUGUGACAGUCCCCCUCAAAAACCUAUUUGUCGAUAUUAAGCGUCAUCCCGAGAGAAUACCUGAGGUAUGGUUGGUAUCAUCUUACCACGUUCCCGAAGGGUAUCAGGAUGGGCGGCGAGCGCCAUGGCGUAUGCUUGUGCGCACAUACUUCAAAGACCUUCCCAGACAGCUGAGGCAGGAAAACAAUGAACGGUCCAUAAAGUCAUGGAGAACGAUUCCUUUGAGAAAGGGGCCAAUCAUCGACCGUACAGAGCAUGACAAGGCGCCCUCCAAAAUGACGUGCUGCCGACGAGAUUUCAUCUCGCUACAUUGGAACGAUAAAUAUCGAACAUUGGGCGGAGACUGGCUUAUAGUCGUCUAUCUUUGGACUAAUGACCGUAAAUGGGCGAAAAACACGCCUGUAAAAGAUUUGAUCUCGUUCAGUAGUGUAACCGGUAUCCGCGCAUGGGAAUGGGUCAAGCCCGUGGACUCCCGUUCCAAGACCCCCUACUUGUUUUACGAACUUGAACGUGAUAAGGACGGUACGCUGAAGGAUACGGUAUUCGGUGGGAACGCAUAUAAGGACUAUGAUCCAGUUCCAAUUCAACCUGGAGACCCUGUGCCGACCAGACUCUCUGGCCUGCGUCGAUUGAUGAACGAGCAAGCUAGGCAGUUGCUCUAUGCAGAUUAUGAGUUCUAG